AUGCACGCGGUCGGCCUGCACUCCGCGCUCGCCAUCCGGCGCGAGCGCAAGCGCCGCGCAGAGCAGCAGCGCGCCAAGGAGCGCCGCUACUCGCUCCAGUCCUCCGAGUCCGGCGUCACCUCGCCGCAUUGCUCCACCGGCUCCCUCGAGCGGCGCCGCUUCAAGAAAACCCGCACCACCGACAAUGAGGUCGUCUCCUCCGUCGGCAUGCUCCAUCUUGGAGUCGUCUUCCUCGUCCUUGGCCUGUUUCUGAUCGCCUCGGGCUGGCUCCCCGAUGACGUCACCUCCUGGAGCAACAUCGGCUCCGUCAGCUGGUUCAACGAACUCGUCUGCUCCGGCCUCUUCGCUCUGGGCGUCGGCAUAUUCCUCAUCGCGCUCCAUAAAUACCUCACCAAGAGCGAGGAGGACGCUCUGGAGGACUACGUCCAGAGGCAACUGACGAGGUCUCGGUCUGGACAUAGACUGGAAAGGGACGCGGAGACCGGUGGGAUGCACACUAAGCACACGAGACGAGCGCGGGCGAGCGAAGUCUUGCCCCCAGACACGAUCACCGAGACCUACACCGAGCCGCCCCCUGACCGAGCUCACGGGUUUGUCAAUGCUCUCGCGCUGAACGGCGAUGCUCUGCGAGAUUCGCCACUGGAGCAAAUUGCUGAGGAGGAGAUCUCUGUCGCUUCGGAGAAUGACAGGAGACUGGGCAGAUUCAACAAAGACACGUACUCGACGCCGUCGGUGGCCCCGAGCCUAAGCCCCGGCUCGCCGUCCGACACCAGGGAGCUCCUCGCGGACGGACGCUACAUGAUCAUGUCGCGGAUGUGA